AUUCGAGCUACAGAUGAAGAUAUCAUUUAUACAUUAUCAACAUUGGAUCAAGUGAUGUCUCUAUGCACCCAACAUUAUUCGUGCUCACAUUUUACACUUGCUAAUUAUGGUGAUAGCUGGGAAUUUUUGAAAUACGAACGUUUCACAAAAAAUGUAGAAAUUGUGCAUAAUUGUUUCUGCUUACGAUCACUGCUCAAAAAUGCGACGGAACGAGAACUUUUAUUAUUACCUACGUUAAGUUAUCAAAACGAUGAUCCUGUGAGUAAUGUUCGUUUACGAAUUCUUCUCGAAAGUUUGCAUUGUGAACUGGCCAGAGCAAAUAAUGUUACAAUAGAAGUACGAGAUCUGAAUUUCUGGUUGGAAAUUACCAGUGAUAUUGAUCAGUCCGUCCUAAGAAAGCCUUUCACUAAGGAUCACCAAAAAUCAAAUAAUAUGAAUGACGGAAGCUUUUGUCCUACACGUGUUUACGUUUCGCGGCUUUCACCAUGGCGUGUUGUUAUCAUUGCUGUAUUAAUGAGUGCGCAACAUAUUCUUAUGGCAACCUCUUUCGUCGUACCAACAUUGCCGCUUCUUAUUUUUCAUUGUGAUGAACCAUGGAUAGCUCAUCAUUUGGCUCAAAAUGAAUCGUGGCAGUGUGAAACGUACAUAUCGGAUCAUCGUACUAAAAGUCCAACUUCAACACUGGCGCAUUUGAAUCGACAGAUACGGAAAACUGAAAAAUUUACAAAAAUGGUAAAGAAUGAAUUGGAAUUACAUUGGUUGUCAACUUCUCGAAUAAGUCCAACCGAAAAUCGCGUCCAUACAUCCUUCGACCUACACUCUUACUGUGAAGUUAUUGAGGACCAACUGUUUUCUCGAGCACUUAUUGGAGCGGUAUAUCAAUGUUUAUUACAAGGUAUUUAUAUACCGUAUGAAGAUUUGGUGGAAGUGUUAGAGGAUCGUUGCGAGCAAUCGGACAUUGAAGUUGAGGGUAUCAGUGAAUGUGUCCGUUUUCUAUGCUCACAUGUUGCAAAUACACGUAAACAGUUAGGAGAUUUAGCAGCGGAUGGAGAUGAUGAGACACAAGGCAAUGAUUUUUUUAAAGCUGAUAUUUUAUAUCGAUUAAAUGAUGGGGAUGAAAAGUCCUGUGAGGAAGAGCAAGAAGAUUUUCGAUUUGCAUUUGAUGAGCUUCUUUCACAGAAUUUCCGGAAAAUUCCAAAUUUUCCGAGCUAUUUCUAUUUUGUUCGGGAUAACACAACAAAUAAGAAUAUAACGAUAAAUUUGCCUGAAACGAAGGAUUUUAAUAGCGCUAGUUCACCCUGUGAAAAUUUGGAAAUUUGCUAUAUUGAGGAUGAAGAUGUGCAAGAAGAAAAUGAUUGUACAACAAGAAGCACUCAGUCAAGUAUCAGCUUCGAAUCAGUUACUGCAUCGGAGUUGUCCGAUGGUGAAGCAUUUAAUUUAAACGAUAAUUCCGCCGUACCAUUAUUCUUGAAUUUCUCUUGUGCAAUGCGUUUUUCUAACAUGGACAUGUAUACAUUCCCCAUCGAUCAUUUACCAUCUUGUGUUAUGCAGUUAUUGAAACAGUGUUCCAGUAUUUCAAAUAUGAAUUUUGCUGCAAUGGAUUUAAUCGGAAUUUCGUUUGACAUAUAUGUUUUGUCGUGGCCUAUACGGCAAUUCGCCUUAACACAGUCUGAUUCGUGUGCAAUUUCACCAAAAACGCUGGAUAACUCUUCGGAAUCAUUUCGUAAAUUUACUACUUACUUUGAUUUCGAUUGUCCUUAUUCUACGACAACUUCUGAUGUUAUCAGCCGACUUCCAAGUCCGGAAAAUGAAGCAGUUCGUCAGCUGGAAUGUGGAAUUACACGUUUACUUCAUAUGGAAACAGUGUUUGUAUUAUCGAGAUAUGAUGAUGUAACGCUGGACACAUUGCAUAAAGUAAUGACAUUCAUUGCCAAAGAGCAACAUGAGAAAAAUGACACUAUUCGGUUUAAAGUGAAAUUAUUGCAACUUGUCAUGGUAAUGGAACAAGCGAAAGCUGUACGUCGUUUGAAAGAGCGUAUUAAAAAUUUUGAUCUGCUCUACUGUAAACUAGAAGCGCAUCUGGAAUCCAGUAAUUUGUUUUAUUGCUGUCAUGUAGCGGAUAUUGAUCUUUACGAAGAUACUUUGAGAAAACAACUACGCACUGCAGCGAGUAUAACACUAAAGUCAUCGCGACGAAGCAAUAGCAGUUUCAUGGAGCGUAUCGAACAGCAAACAAGUAUGACAAUAGCAAGAAAAGUGUCAAGUAUGGAAGUAUUGAAUACUAAGAUUCCAUACGAGAAACCAACAAAACGGAGGAAUAGUAGUGUACCGAUUUUGAAAACUAAUCGUAAACUUUCUGAAGAUUAUGCAAAUCACUCGGGAACUGCAGAACGAACUCGUUGCAAAGAUCUUGAGAUACGUGAUUUUUGGAUCAUUUUAAAUGUUGAAAUGCAACAAAUACGAGCAUUCUUUUGUGAGAGGCAAGAUUACACUUUUUAAUAUGCACAUCAUCACGAAAAAAUUUUUGAACUGCUUUUGGAAGCAGUACAAAAAGAAUGUCAUGUCAUCAAUCAGGAGCUUUUACUGGAAAAAAUGCAUUCAACUAACGAAUGCGACGACUUGUUAAUCGAAAAUGAAACAGAAUCGCAUAAAUUUGUUCCCUCAGAUUUACACGAUUUAAUCCCUGACACAAAAUUGACUCGUUCGUUGUUACAUAAGCGCGCAGCACCGAAGACCAAGAAGGAUUUUAGCUUUUCAUAUUCUGAUGAGGAUGAAAUGGAUGCUACACCAUAUAUGCCAGCACGGGUAUUUUAUCCUCCUGGUCAUUUUGCUUGUCGAAUCGUAACGUAUCAUUGGUUUUACAUACAUCCUCGACUGCAUAUCGAAAAGAAAGGAGCAGGAUGUUCUUUAGUAAUGGGUUAUGAUGUUCUGCGCCAAGGAAUCGAACAAUUUGCAGUCCGAAAUCGUUGUAACUUAUAUGUUUGUUGUGAAGAAAACAAACGAAAUGUAUUUUACAUGCAGCUUUUUGUUAGUGAAGAAAGUUUCAGAAAAAGGUGCUUGCAUUGUGACACAACUAAAAUCGAUGAGAUGAAUGAAAAGUUUCAAAAUAAUGUGCUGUUGACUGUUCAUGGAAUUCAUCAACCUGCCGUAAUAAUUGACUCAAUUGUGGAUGCUAUGCAAAAACGGCUUGAACUAAAAGUUCUCGAAGAAUUAACAGAUAUUUUGUACAAAAACCCACGAACACGGCUAACAACAACUGAUGUCGAAUUUAUUCAACGAGAUCCGGCCAAACCCUUUGCUGUACAUUACUGCACUUUACCGAACUAUAUUUAUGGUUAUUUGGGCUCACUCUAUUAUUACAUGUACCAGCAGAUGCUUACAUUCGCAGCAGAAGCUCGAUUUCGGAAUUAUAGCGGUGGUUUGAAUAGAAAUAGUCCAUUGUCGCACGAACGAUCGUGUUUUCAUUCACGAUGCGGUUCUCAGCCGGUUUGCAAUAAUUACAUUCCACAUUUCUUCCUAAUAAGCAAACCACCCACGAAAGGUUCAUCGAAUAUGGGAAUUGCUUGCGUGGAGACACGCAUAGUAAAUUCGAGCGGUGCUUGCAUAAAUUCGCUGAAAUAUGCACGCAUCAGUCCAAGCACUCACUCAAAGUUAUAUCCAGGAGGUGGUAAAUUUCGUCUUUCAUCAAAUGAACGUUUUCAUGAACUGACACGUUGUAUCACCACGUCGCUUCCUUUACCUGAUUCGCUACUUUCGGAAAAAACAGGUGGCAUAUCAUAUCUGGUUCAGUAUACAAUUUGGCAGGUGGGCGAUGUUGGCUUAACAUCUUUACAACCAAUAUUUCGAUUAGCAUUGCAACAGGCGCUUUGUGAUUUGAUCAGUGAAUUUGGCCUUUUAAGUAUUCCUUUAGUGGAAGUUGUUAACAGCACUCGUUAUUCAUCUUCAAAUACGCUGAUCGUACCAUGUGUUGCAAGUGAAGAAAGAGUACGAUCCUGCAGUGAUGCCUCACAUUUAAAUUUAGUGGCAAAACCAUUUCGAAAAGUUGAAUCGCAUAUGCAAUCACUACUUAUAGAACAGUUGUCAUUACAACCAGUUUCCCGCAAAUCAAAAAAUCCUUCAAGCAGCAAUGAUUGUGAACCAAAUACUUCAAUCAAUUAUCAGUUUAUUAUGGUGGCUGCACAGUGGUUCGAUCAUGUCGUUUCCGAAGUAAAGAAUACGGAACAUCAAUUUUCCGUCAAAAGACAUACAUUCCAUUGCGACAGCGAUCAUUCUGUUCAGAAGAUCUUUAACGUAAUACAGGAAAAAUUAUCUGUAAUUCUAAAACAUGAAACUAUCGUAGUAUGCCAGUUGGAAGCACAUGGUUCAAAUCGUUUUGCAACACAAAGUUCGACAAAUGAUGAUGCCAUAACUUUCAGUGAUGAUAAUGGUCGGAUAGUGGCAGGAGAAAACGAAGAACCUUCACUAAUAAUGCUUGCUUAUAACCAUCGGUAUUCAGAGGCAGUACUGAAAUAUGGCGCAGAUUCACGCUCAAACAUUAUACCAUCAGCUGUGGAGGAAGUCUUGCACGAUCAAAAAACCAGCUCGAUGCGUUUUUUGCCACAAAUAGCUCCAUUUGUUCCAAGACAGCAUCUGUUAUAUCUGUUGUCGAAGGGUGAAACGGCUACCCUAUAUUUAUACAAUUAUUCGUCCGAUGCCGCCGAACAGGUUUAUCAAAUGGUCGCAAAUGUAUUAUCAUGGCAAAAUGCCCGAUCACGACUACUUCGAGAAAUUGGUUUGCAUAAAAUGGGUGUUACACAUUUAUCCGGUCGAAUCACUCCAACAGGUGAAGAAUUGGUUUGGUUGAACAGUGAGCUGUUGAGUGAAUAUGAAAUACCACAGCAUGGAUCUAUACAUUUCGAUAAAAGGCUAGUGAGCAGAGUGCACCACAUCCGAGCUGAACCUUUAAUGCAUCUUUAUCGGCACACAUCCUUGGCUUUUUUGCCGCUUAAUUUGAAAAGCAAUAAUCUUUUCGAAGAUCAGUGUUUUCAAAUGGUUUUUCUUGAGAAACAGGUGAAAUCAAUGCUUCACGAUUGUGAGAAAUUCAAUCGGAUACACAGCGAACUGAUGAAUGGCGCCCAGGAAAUCAAAGAAUCUGAUUUGCUGGAAAUUAUUUCUCGUAGCCGGGUGGUACAUUUUAUUAGAUCACCUCUGUUGCUUUUUCCGAAAUGGCGUAAAUUAGUAGCAGUUGUUCGAGGAGGAACUGAAAAUGCGAUGAGAAAUUUUUCGAAAAAUACGUUACGAAAGUCUAAAAAAAGUUUAGAAGAGGAUGAGCCAUGUUGUUUGAAGAUACAGUUUAUGCUUGUUGAGGUAAAUGCUUCUCUUAGUUUUGAACCAGCAGCUGUAACGGGUUCAUCUUCGAGACAUGUCAGUGGCUCAAAAACGACUUUUCUCGAAAAUCCUUCAUCAAUAUCACAUGUGCGCACAAAACGUUCAAAUACCUUCGGUGCAUCAUUAUAUUCAUCCGAUUAUACGUUACGAAAGUCUAAAAAAAGUUUAGAAGAGGAUGAGCCAUGUUGUUUGAAGAUACAGUUUAUGCUUGUUGAGAGUUAUGUGAAAUAUUUAACGAAAAAUGGACUACAACUGUUGAAUGUAACAACUACUACCGCCAUAACAGGACAUGCAGGUGCCCGUUACGAUUUGCACUACGAUAUGCAGAAUACCGAAUCAUCACCUAAUGUUUGGAUGUAUAAAGCUUGUGAUGGUGGCAUUUUAUUCGUUCAUAUUACGAUUAUUGAACCACAUUUUAGUGUCCAGUAUUUAUUAUGGGAUAUUGCACAGUUAAAUCGGUUGAAAAUAAAUUGUGACAACAACUUCGAUUAUAACGAUCAAAGGGAGCUUUAUAUGUUGAAAGAUAGCAUUAUAUCAAAGGCUCACGUUCAUUCAUUUACUUAUGAUUUUCAUUUACGUAUGGUUGCCACCUAUUUAAUCGGUGGACAACAGGUUCUUUUCAAUUACGGAUACAAUACGAAUGAGUUUUUAACAGAUUUUUUGCAAUACUAUAAUUGUCGCCCCCCUUAUACUUGCAGCUGUAUUUACGAAGAAAAAAUGACAUUUCCUAACUUACCUGUAACAAGCCAGAAAGUUUGGGAGUAUUUAUUGAAUGAAAAACAUAACAAUUGGCGCAUUGUGCGUUUGAAGACAGUUGAAAUGGAUAUGCCUGGGCAAUUUAUGAUUGUUACGGAGGAUGAUACGAAUUGUUUUGGAUUAAGCUAUAAGGAAAUUCGAGCAAUAGUUCAUGAAAAUCAACCUUACAUCACAAAAACAUUGAAUAUAAAAUUCUAUGUGAUGCUGGUUUCGCAUGAAAAAAUUGAUCCACUAGUGGAAAGUUUGGAACUAAGUGCGAAAUGUAAAUAUGGUGCAAAAAUAAGUGGUGAAUUUAAAGAAUUUGAAAGUUUGAAUGUAGGCUGCAGUACGGACAACUAUCGAAAAAGUGUUGAUGGCAUUGCAGCACAGGACAGUGCCAACAAUGCACCUGUUAUUUUUACCAGGCGAAGAUGUCACAGUGGAGAGAAUAAUAGGUCAACAAAAGAAGCAUCAAUUCCGCGCAACUAUUCAAAUGGAGUGGAAUUAAAUAAGUGUUGGUCAUUAUCAAGUGGAAAUGAAAAAGCAGAGAUGGAAAAGGAAAAAAAAAAGAAAUUAUCCAUUCAAAAUAUUGCACCUUUAAGACAUCGCAGAACACGACCAAAUUUUCGAGACGGUGUUAGGCUGUCGGAUCCAGCAACAAUAGUACCUCGUGAGCAAGCAUUUUACGUCUAUUACAUGAAUACACAACAGAAGAGAUUGCAAAAAGAGUUGGAGGAUAGCGUGAUGCAUUAUAAGCGAAAACUACAAAUGGUAGUUGAGGAUGCGGUAUGGCAUUGCAAAAGGAAUCAGCUUUGGAAUGACAUAUUAGAAAAGCAUGUAACAAAACGUGAAACCAUUGAAAUGACCGAACAGUGGAAGUUAUUAACUCGUCACAGUAACGAUGUAACCUCGGUGUUGCGCCUAGCACUUUCAACAUCUCUUACAACUUCGGAUCUGGAUAAUUUAUUGGGUUAUGUUAAGUCUGAAUCUUUGAAUAUUUACGAACCGUUAUUGGAUUCACUAGUUAGUAAUCUGAAUCCUGGAGUCUUCUUCAAGUUGCUUAUUCAACAUUUUGGUCUGCAAAAAUGUCGAUUAUUCUGUUCAUCCGUAAAAGAGUCUUUGGAGGUCUUGGUAGUUGAGUUUUGUUCAGGAUCAAAGUGGCAGUGUUUUAUAAUACAUAAGUGGAUAAUACAAAGAAACAAAAAAGAAAAACUAUCAUUACUUGAAUACUUACUUACCGGUUUGCAAAUGUUCCAAAUGGAAAUUUUAAAUUUUGAUCUGGAUCUUAAAAUUAAAGAUCUAAGACUUAUCGAAAGAAAAGUAAUUGCUUUUAUUUCUAAAGAUAAACUUAAAGAUCCGGAAACAAAACUACAGCAGAUUGAUUUUGGUUACGUUGAUUUAACGCAUCUCGUGAUCAUCACUCCUGAAGCUCAACAGGACGUAUUUCUUUUCACAGCCCAAAAGGAUGAACCUUUACAAAUGAAAUUGCUUGCAAAGGAGCGAAAGUGCAAUGAAUCUGGGUUAUUGUUGAUGGAAGCGCACCAUACAGUACAAGAGCAAUUCUAUGAAUUAGUUCGUUGUGCUGCUUCUUCUGCUUGGAUGAGUUUGGUGCGUAUUAGCUCAUCAAUAAAUUGA